CAUGAGACUGUGAAAAGAAAGCUUGAUAGUGCUGCUUCCCCUCAGAAUGGAGACCAGCAGAAUGGCUAUGGUGAUGUAUUUGUGUCCAAGAAACUGCGUCGUGACGAUGGUCUUGGUGGAGUGAGUGGUUCUUCCAAUGGAAUGCCCCCUGUGUCUCCACUCCAUCAUCUUGACAAGAAAUCUGGCAGCGGAGAUACCUUACAACUUAAUGGAAAACAUCCGAUGGGGCUAGAUGGCAUCAGCAAGAAGUGUCUUCCAGAUUCCAGCCUGCAAAUGAAUGGAGGUGGUGAUGCUGAUGACUCAUUUCCUCUGAGUUUGAACAAAGAGCUGAAGCAGGAGCCUGUAGAUGAUCUUCCGUGUAUGAUUGCUGGAGCAGGGGGUUCUAUAUCUCAGAAUAACUUGAUGCCUGAUCUUAAUCUUAAUGAGCAAGAAUGGAAGGAACUUAUUGAGGAGCUUAAUAGAUCAGUGCCCGAUGAAGACAUGAAGGAUCUCUUUAAUGAAGACUUUGAAGAGAAAAAAGAUGCAGAUUCUUCAAAUUCAGCUGCACAGACUCCAUUGCCACAAGAUAUUAACAUAAAGACUGAGUUUUCCCCAGCACCCUUUGAACAGGAACAGAUGGGAUCUCCCCAGGUGAGAUCCACUUCAUCAGGUCCAGCAUUUAUUGGUGCUGCUUCUGUACCUGUAAGUGCUGCUUCUCCAGCGGUUGGUAGUUCUCAGGCUAUGUUUCAGCCUUCCAGCCAGUCAAUGACUGAAAAUCCUAAUCAGCCCAUGAUGCAGGCAUCAAACCACUCUCAGAAUGUCCAGAGGCCUCUUCCCAAUGUGUUGUUACCUGGGAAGGGUGCAGGAAGUGCCAAAGAAAUGUCUUCUGCCCAUCAACUUCAGCAGAUUGCUGCCAAGCAGAAGAGAGACCAGAUGUUGCAGAACCAGCAGCAAGCUUCACAAGUCCACCAAACAAAUCAGAUGUCUACGUGGCAACAGUCUGGGCCUUCUCAUAGUCCACUGGCUGUCCCAUAUACCAUGGAAAAUCCCACCAGCCCAUCAGUUUACCAGCCCGACUUCAACAAUCAGAAACUCAUGAUGCCUAAUAUGGGAAAUAAAAGCUCACCGAGGGCUGGAGGCAAUUACCACGUGAACAUUUUGGGUCAUCAGCAAAACAGCUUGAACCAGAACCCUGUGAAUAGUCAAGGCUCUAUGCUAGACUAUGGGAACACCAAACCUCUUUCACAUUACAAAGCAGAAUGUGAACAGGGGGUUACAGUACCUGGUCAGAACAAGACUCCCAUGUUGGCAUACAUACAACAGCGCCAGCAGCCACCGCUGUCUCAUGUGAGCGAUGACCAAAAUGGGAUGAUCCUAUUGAAACCCAAGUCUGGAAACAUUGCCUACCGACUACCGCACAGUCAGGAUCAAAACCCUUCUCCUAAUGUUCCUCGUGUUCCCGUUUCUGUCCCGGGCCCUGGCGUGGGUGCCCAGGCUCCCAAUGUCUCCAUGGCAGGUAACCACAGCAACCCACCUUAUCUCAGCAAUCAGCAGCAAGCGGCAGUGAUGAAGCAACACCAAAUGCUGAUGGACCAGCAGAAGCAGAGGGAGCAGCAACAAAAGCACUUGCUCAUGGAGCAACAGAAGCAGCAAUUCCUAAUGGAGCAGAGACAGCAACAUCUUCUGGCUGAGCAGGAGAAACAGCGGCAGCAGCAAGAGCAACAGCUGCAGCGUCAUCUGACUCGACCACCUCCCCAAUAUCAGGAUCAACCGCAGAAUCUGUACCAGCAACAGGUUGGACAGUUCACAGGGUCAUCUUCAGCCAUGCCUGGGGUCAGUAAUUUAGGACAGUCCAGCUCCAGUAGUCCACGGAUGUUUCCUCAGACCCAGAACAUGAUUCAGAUGGGACCUGGACACAGUUCUGUUCCUCCACUCCAGUCGGGCUCCAGUCAGCAGGAUCGGGGGGUGACUCAGUAUACCAAUAUGCAAAACAUCCAGCGAGGGGGAUUAUACAACUUGGCGUCUGGUAUGACACAGAUGGUUCCCCAGCAUGCAACACAAAGUGCCAAUGGACAGCCACCGAUGCAGAGACAAGGCAGCUUGGGCCAGGGUGCUGCCGUUCCUGCUGGGUAUGGGCAGAAUACCUUAGCAAACUCAAGUAUUUCUCAGCAGCACAAUAAAGGUGCACUGAAUCCAACCUUAUCUAAGCCACAGAUGGCAAGAGUACCAGCUGCUAUGGGGGCUCAAAAUCCAUCUUGGCAGCACCAAGGUAUCCCUAAUAUUAACAACCAGACACAAGCAAACAGUGGCUUAGGACCAUUUACUGCCAGCUCCUCUUUCCACAUGCAGCAAACUCAUCUAAAGAUGGCCAACCAACAGUUUGCCCAAGGAAUGCCUCAGGUAAGCCUAAGCACCAGCAGACCGAUGACCUCUAUGAAUGCUGCCGUCUCUGGGCAGAUGUUGUCAUCAUCUUUAGGCGCGCAGCAGCGGACAAACCCACCUACACAACAGCAGGUACCCUCACAGCAAGUCUUGCCGGGCAUGAACCAGACAGUUCCAGAUCUGAAUGCUUUCAACCAGAAUCCAAAUCAGCAAAUGCCCAACAGAGGUAAUCUGCACUGUAGUCAAGGGUACCCUGUGAGGACAACCAGUCAAGAGCUGCCUUUUGCCUACAGCGGCCAGUCGGGCAAUAAUGGACUUCAGAACUUAACUGGUGACACAGAUCUGAUAGACUCUUUGCUGAAAAACAGGACUUCAGAGGAGUGGAUGAAUGAUUUGGAUGAGUUGUUAGGAACUCAUUAAAAUGGGGCCGGGGGUGGGGGUUCUACUUUUUUAAUUAUUUCAUGAAAUAUUAACAACACUUGGACCAAAAAACCUGUGGCAUUGAGGAGACUUGCAGGCAUUAGAGGUAAAUGGUUGGGAAAGGGACUGGAGCUGCUUCUCAAUGAGUGUUGAUACAUGGUAAUGGCGCACCAAGCAGGUCUGCAGGAACAGUGCGCUUUAUCUUGGUGUCUCUAAGGAGUCGCACACUUGAACAGGUCAAAAAAAAUUGUGUGCGUCCUAGCCAGCCUUUCAGAAAUCUCACUUGCAGUGUUCUAAAAUUAAAUUUUUUAAUUAUUUAAAAAUAAAACGAAAUUCCACAGAAAUAGUGCAGAAAGAAAGCAAAUAGUUGCACAAAUUGUGUUUAGGGCUUAGUCUCCUGCAGCUAUUACUUGCAAUCAUUAUUUGUUCAUAGCUUGACAUGCUAUUAUAGUACUGUCCAUCAGACUUCUGACUUUUUAUUUGAGAAGAGGCUGUAUGCACCUGAGUAUGCUUGCAAAAUGUUUUGAAUUCUUUUCCCCAUCGCUGAAGCAUGUGCCUGUACUCUCAAUAAGCAAGUGAUAUUUCACAGUAAAUAUUUCUAGAUGCUGGUGAUAGAUGAAAGAAAGUAUUAAAACCUGGCCAGUUAGUCUAGGUAGUCAUCUUAAUAGAUUGUAGUCUUUUAAGCUGCAGUUUGCACUCUGUUGUAGAGAGGCACAGUUCUUGGCUUAUACCUUGCUGUGUUUAAAGGGGGAAUUUCUUAUGGGAGAACUUAAAAACUAUAGUAGGUCUAACAUGAAUUGUAAAGCCAUUUACUUUGCACCUGUUUCUUCAUAACUUAUUUCCAAAGGUAGUUGUAUUUAAAUGAAGGCUUUGCUUCAUGACAGCUCAUCUAGUUUUCUUUGUUGUAAAAAGUAAAACUAACUUCUGAGAUCAGUUCAUUCCCCAAAGUUAGCAGUGACUCAAUGAGCACAAGACUUUGUCACUUCGGGA